UUCGCCGCUCGGGGGCGGUGACGUCAUCUCCGUGCGGCGCGCGGGGCGCCCCCGGGGCGCGGGGAGGCGGCGGGGCCGAGGAGCGCGGGCAGCUCGGCGCGGGCCAGGAUGCACCCGAAGGUGCUGCGCAGCGCGCACUACAUCGAGCUGGGCGGGUACCAGUACUGGCCCGUGCUGGUGCCCCGCGGCAUCCGCCUCUACACCUACGAGCAGAUCCCCGUCUUCCUCAAGGACAACCCCUACAUCACCGACGGCUACCGCGCCUUCUUGCCCUCCCGGCUCUGCCUCAAGAGCCUCUUCAUCCUCUCCAACGAGACCGUCAACAUCUGGAGCCAUCUCCUCGGCUUUGUCCUCUUCUUUGCCCUGGGCAUCCACGACCUGACAGCUGUCCUGCCUGCUGCAGGUGCCUCCCGGGAGGACUUUGUCAUCUGCUCAGUGUGCCUCUUUUGCUUCCAGGUGUGUAUGCUCUGCUCAGUAGGAUAUCAUCUUUUCUGUUGCCACCGCUCGGAGAAGACCAGCCGACGAUGGAUGGCCUUAGAUUAUGCGGGAAUUUCCAUUGGCAUCCUGGGCUGCUAUGUGUCCGGCGUCUUUUAUGCAUUUUAUUGUAACAAUUACUGGCGUCAGGUAUAUUUAAUCACUGUGCUGGCAAUGAUCUUGGCAGUGUUUUUUGCUCAGAUUCAUCCCAGUUACCUCACGCAGCAGUGGCACAGACUGCGCUCCCUCAUCUUUUGCUCCGUGUCUGGCUACGGAAUUAUUCCCACCAUCCACUGGGUUUGGCUCAACGGCGGUAUCGGUGCAUCUAUCGUACAGGAGUUCGCUCCGCGUGUGGUUGUCAUGUACUUUAUCGCCGCUGUGGCUUUUCUCUUCUAUAUUUCCAAAGUUCCUGAAAGAUACUUCCCAGGCCAGCUGAACUACCUCGGCUCGAGCCACCAGGUGUGGCAUGUCCUUGCGGUUGUGAUGCUGUACUGGUGGCACCAGUCCACGGUGUACAUCCUGGAGUACCGACACAGCACACCGUGUCCUGAGCACAGUGACGACUCCUGAGUGCAGUGUGUUUAGAGAUGAUCAUCUCACCUACACAGUGAGCGACUCGCCUUGUUUCCCCGCUCCGUUUCAGAGAUGCUGCCGUGGCGUUUCUGACUUUGGGGGCCUAGACCUUACCUUGUGAGCUGAGCCACAAAGAGAAGUGCCGAGGCUGUUCCUGCUCUGACCCCUGGGCUGUUAACAGCUUGCUGGACAAGCCUGUGUUGUUACUGGGAUCUGGCAUUCAUUUCCUCUUCCGCAAUCAAGGAUAAAACGUCUUCCUGGAGCAGCACAGUGGAGCGCUGGCCUGUACGACUCGGCAUUCGGAUCGCAGCACUAUCGGUUCUGCUUGGUAAACACGAACAACAGAGAUUGUGACCCUUGCUGAGCUACCAGGCUGUACCCCAGGCUGUCUGGUUUUGUUGAAGCUCAUCAUUGAGGAACCGCUCCUGCUGGCGUGCUCGGAAAUGUGCAGUUCCAGUGGGAUCCGGUCUUGGAUUGCAGUCACAGCAGCACGGUGUGUGGCACCUGUCAAGAGUCUGAGUGACGCAGUUACGCUGCAGCAUCGCCACAGGAACGUAUCAAAUAGACUUGUGACUCCUGUACUUCCCUGGACAACCUCUUUCCCUUCCUCUGGAAGAAAACACCGUAUGUCAUCCACCACCCCCAAAUCUUCACUUCAGAUCUCAAAAACUUGCCCUCCUGACACGGAUCCUGCCAUUAUUUGAAGAAAUCUCCCUGGAUCUCUUUGCUAAUUUGGAAUUCGUACUCUGAAGUAGUUCAGGAAUUGCAUUAAGUUGUGUGUUCAGGUUUGUUACCAUCUUGCAUCACUAAGAGUUUUCUGACGUUACCUUUGUUUCGGAGGCUGGACUGGCGCAGCCCAGGCAGCGUGCCUGCAGCUGGUGAGCUCCGGCCUUGAAACGCAUCACGCAAACCGCGCUGGCAGAGUCGGUUACUCCCGCCCCAGGCAUUCCCCAGUACGGAGGCUGCCUUCUCUUUGGAAUCCACUGUGAAACCAUCUUAGAUCAGCGCUGAGACAUGUCCAUAGCUGGCAAUUCCAUAGCCGUAGCUGAGUAAAAUUAAGCUCAACGGGUGCCACUUUUUCAAAUGGGAUUGGAAUUAUUUGGAUUUUUGGGUUAGAAUCAGUAUUUCUGUGACUGCUCACGGAUAGCAGCUGUGCUUGUGUUUACAGUUCAGCAGAGCAGGGGGCAGCAAUCCCUGCUGCGUCACCUGAUCCAUUGUGGGUGAGUGGGAGCUGGCUGGACAUUACCGAGCUUGCCUCAGCACUUAAUGCCACGUGGUUUAAGUUUGGAACCAGUUGGUGGCAGACAUGGACGUGGCAGAAAGCAGGAGCCACCCUCACGGUCCCUGCUUUAACUACAGGCAGGAUGGUUCUGUUCCAGGGUGAUGAACUGUCGGAGCUGACCUCGCUACAGCUCCCUGUCUUACCUGCAGUGCAGCCUUCAGCAGCAUCCCAGCGUCUCCCGCUUUGUCAUGUCCGACAGCAGCCGGUGUAAAUGCACACCGAGAGGCCACAGAGCCGGUGUCCUGCACCCAUGGCCAAGAGGGACAGCGCUGCCCGGGAAAGCCUUAGGCAGCCCUGCUUGAGGCUGCGCUACCCGUGCCAAGCCCUUAAUGAAGCCCUUAAUGACCUGUUGGCCUUGUCAGUGCUCUGCCAUUGCCUCCUCCUCCCAGGGAGGGUUUCCCCGAGGGGUUUUGCUUACCCCCGGUGGGGCAGGCUUGCUCUCUGCAUUGCCCUCCUCGGGACGGCUGCUGCUUCCUCCCUGGGUCUGAACCAGCCCGGCUCCCUCAGCCAUCCUCUUUGGGUUGUGCCAAAGCACUGCAGAACAGAGACGGGAACACACCACAACACAUCACAAUGGAGAAGGCAGGACACUCACCUCCCUGCUGGGGAGCGAUGUUGACUGUCGGCUCGGGGUAGGUUUGGGUUUUUAACUCCAGGAAGAAGCAGCAGCAAAAACUGACUGCAUUUACGAUUCAGCUCCCAGACCGCUGAGCCUUUCCUUGUAAACACUGAUUUCCCCUUUAAACUUGACAGCCAAGCAAGUUUCAAGUGCACUAGUCAUUACUACUGACGCCUGACAAGCAACCUGCCAAGUACAAAAGCCCUUUCCAGUCACUCGAGAACAGUAAUAGUCCACGAGUGUGUUUGUGUAUUGAAGUGCAGUGUGGGGAUGUGUUUUGUACGUAAAGUCUAACAACUGUCACAGUUUUUACUGGAGCAGGACUGCAAAGCUGUUUGGUUUUAUUACUGACAAAAUUUACCGAGCUGUAUGGUGGUCUUUUCUGUACAGACUGAGCUUGUAAAUAAAUCCAAGUCCCUGGGCUGUU